AUGAUUGAGAUCUUAAAGUCCAGACCAUCAUCUUCGCAAAUCUCCGAUUCGUUCCUCGAUGACAUGUGUCGAUUCCAGUUGUCCAUGGGCAAACAACAUUUGACAGCCGACGAAGGCACGGUCAAUGAUCUCGCGUCUCGCAAAGUAAAAGAGGACCCUGAGAAUUGUGACAUGCACGACCUGGUUGGUUCUGAAUGGGCUGGACAUUCCGGGGUCUUGAUAAUCUGCCGCGAAAAUACCGUUUCGAUAUGA